AUGGCCAACGUGCAACAAACCCAAGCCUUCUACUCCCUCACCCUCUCCCCGUCCUCCGCCCCGACCUGCGCCAUCACGUGCAACUCCAUUCCGGGCCUCAAGAACCAAGACCAGCAGAUCUUCGAAGCGCGCGGGUCACGCAUCUACCUCUACUAUAUCCGCGAGAACGGCGACAAAUCCGAAGUCAAGCUCGAGACAGUCGUCGAUCAAGAUUGUUUCGGUAUCAUCCGCGGGGUCACCAGCUUCCGGAUUCCAGGCACGAGUACGGAUCAGUUGGUUAUCUCCAGUGACUCGGGGAGGAUCGCGCUGGUGAAUUAUGAUCAGGCGAAGAACGCGUUCCAGAGGGUGCAUCUGGAGACGUUCGGGAAGAGUGGGAUAAGAAGAACGGUUCCGGGUCAAUACUUAGCAGCAGACCCACGCGGACGGUGUUGCAUGUUGGCGAGUGCGGAGAAAAACAAGGUGGUGUAUAUCGUCAACCGCAACCCACAGAACGAGAUUGUCAUUUCGAGUCCGCAUGAGGCGAAUUCGUGGGCGAAUCUAUGUUUUGCCAUCUGUGCACUGGACACCGGGUGGGAGCAUCCAGUGUUUGCCGCACUGGAGGUCGACUACAAUGAGUCGGAGAGUGAUUCGAGUGGAGCGAUGUUUGCAGCCAGGGAGAAGCAGUUGGUGUACUACACUGUCGACCUCGGCCUGAAUCAUGUGGUCAAGAGCUGGAGUGAUGCAGUCGACUACACCGCGAACAUGCUAUUCGGGGUACCUGGCGGGCAGGAUGGACCGAGCGGGGUGUUGAUUUGCUGUGAGGGGAGGAUAUACUACCGCCACGACAAGGCCUCGUCCCUCUGCAUACCCAUCCCCCGAAGAUCAGGACCAACGGAGGAUCCCAAUCGGAAACGUAUUAUUGUCUCUGGCUGUCUGCACUUAUCCCGAGCUCGCCACGAGUUCUUCUUCCUGCUGCAGACUGAAGACGGCGACCUCUUCAAGCUGACCAUGGAGCUGGGCGAGGACGCACAAGGACGAAAGACCACACCUGUACGGAUGGUCAUGAAGUACUACGAUACUUUCCCCAUAGCAAAGACGAUGCUGCUCAUCCGAAAAGGCUACAUCUACAUUGCAGCAGAAAAUGGCAACAGCAAACUAUACCACGUAAACGACCUAGCAGAGAACCUGGAGUUCGAAGCACACAACAACUUCUCCUCUGACGAUGUCUCUUCCGAUCCCGCGGAGGACUACACGCCCACAUACUUCAAACCACGAGGUCUGGAAUUCACGUCACUCGCCUUCGACGUCCCUGGUCUUCAUCCGCUCAUGCGCACCAAAGUCGACAAUCUCACAAAUGAAGAUGCGCCACAGAUUUACGCCCUACAAGGAACAGGCAGCUCCAGUGUCUUCAAAACGAUCCGGCAUGGUCUGGAGAUCCAGGAAGUGGUGUCAAGUCCACUAGGCGAAAUGCCGUAUGACAAUGUCUUCUCCCUCAAGCACCGGAGUAGCGAUCCCUACCACUCGUACCUUCUCCUCAGCACACAAUACUCCGACCGCACGACAGUCCUGAGUAUCGGCGAUGAGGUGGAGACGAUGGAAGACAGUCCCUUCCUCAUCACCCGCGCCACAGUAGAAGCCCGGCUCAUGGGCGCCGAUACCCUCGUCCAAGUCCACGCCCGUGGUGUCCACUCCAUCCUCGAAUCGGGCGCCGUGAACGAUUGGCCGGCACCAGAACAUCGUACCAUUACCGCCGCGUCCGCGAACGAGCGACAGUUACUCCUCGGCCUCAGCUCAAGCGAACUAGCCUUCUUCUUCAUGGGCGACGAUGGCGUGCUCAAUCAGUUAGAAGACAUGCCUGAGAUGAGCGGAAAGAUUACUGCGCUGGGUGUUGGACAGACGCCGGAGGGACAACAGCAGGCAAAGUUUGCGGUGGUGGGGUGCGAUGAUGAUACCAUCCGCGUGCUGUCUAUUGAGCUGGAUAGUCCGCUUGAGGCGAGGAGCGUGCAGGCGCUUUCGGCGGCGCCGACAAGUAUCCAAGUCAUAUCUCAAAUCGAUCCAAGCAGUGGGACGAAUGUGAAUUAUGUCCAUAUCGGACUGGCUUCUGGUCUCUACCUGCGAGCCGUCAUCGACGAAAUCACGGGAGAAUUGGGAGAAGUGCGGACAAAAUUCCUCGGCGCACGCCCGACUCGCCUCUUCCCAGUCGAACUUGAAGACCAACAAUCUGUUCUCGCCUGCUCGUCUCGGCCCUGGCUAGGCUACAACCACCCCAACUCCGGCCUAUACACUCUCACCCCACUAGUGACCGACGGCGCACCCUUCACAGCAGCCACGGGUUUCGUGACGGAAGCUAUACGCGGUCUGUGUGCGGUGCAGGGCGAUAGUCUACUUAUCUUCGUCGUCCCGAAUGUCGAGGGUAGGUUGGCGAGUCAGGAAGUCGGUUUGAGGUAUACGCCCAGGGGUAUGAGCAGGAAUCUAUGGUUUCCUGUUUGGUAUGUCGUGCAAGCGGAUGGCAAUACGCUGAGUGCGGGGACGAAGAAAAGACUUCUCACGGCUGCUACUGACGCGGCGAAGGAUGGAGAGGGAGAUGAGGGGAUGAACGGGCAGGAGAAUGGAGAGGAGUCGAUGGCGAUGGAGAAGCAUCUUGGCCUCUCGCGCGGGAAGGGCCAUUGGGCGAGCUGUAUUCAAGCCAUUGAUCCAAUCACCUCGAAGUCGGUGAUCUCGACGAUCGAAUUAGAAGAGAACGAAGCAGCACUGUGCUGUACCGUCGUCAACUUCGAGACGAAGAACGCCGAUCUCUACCUUGCCGUUGGAACUGGUCAGCAUAUGUCACCUGGCGCAAAGGUACCUGGCGCACAGACGCCAAAGGGCUACGUACAUCUCUAUCACCUGCCGGACGACGGCAAGAAGAUGGUGUUCGUGCACAAAACCGAGUUCGCAGUUCCAAUCUAUGCCGUCCAUCCUUUCCAGGGCCGUCUGGCAGUGGGCGUAGGCAGAGAACUCUUCAUCUACGACAUCGGACUCAAAGCCCUGCUGCGCAAAUCCCGAGGCCUAGUCGUCCCGAACCAGAUCGUAAGCAUACAAAGCAAAGGCUUCCGAAUUGCCGUGGCCGACGUAAGUGAAAGCGUAACCUUUGUCGUCUUCAAACCCUCCCCGCACAACCGCCUCAUUCCCUUCGCCGACGAUACGAUCUCCCGUUGGACGACCAGCACCACCCUCCUCGACUACGAAACCGUAGCCGGCGGAGACAAAUUCGGCAACCUCUUCGUCCUGCGCGUCCCGGACCAAGCAUCCAAAGAAUCCGACGAUACAGGCGUAGGAGGGUAUCUCGCAGACGAGCGGAGUUAUCUAGGCGGAACCCCCUACCGACUCGAACUCCGCAGCCAUUUCUUCGCCAACGACAUCCCCAUGAGUCUACAACGUACCGCCCUCGUAACCGGCGGCCAAGAAGUAGUAUUCUGGUCUGGCCUAGAAGGUACACUAGGUAUCCUCGUCCCCUUCGUAGCGCGAGAAGACGUAGAAUUCUUCACGCAACUGGAGAAACAGAUUCGAGAGGCGGAACCGCCGCUCGCAGGACGGGAUCAUUUGAUGUUUAGGGGGUAUUAUGUCCCUGUCAAGGGGGUGGUGGAUGGGGAUUUGUGCGAGAGGUAUUUGAAGUUGGGGUAUGAUGCGCGGGUUAGGAUUGCGCAGGAGGUGGAUCGAGAGGUAAAGGAGGUGGAGAGGAAGGUGCUGGAGAUGAGGACGAGGGUUGCUUUUUAG